AAAGCUUUAGAAGCUCUUAACGAAGGUCAAGUUAUUGCCACCGGUAAAGGUGCCUUAGAUAAGCAUGGAAAUCAUAUUCCAAAUCAAGUAAAACCUGGUGAUCGUGUUCUUCUUCCUUCAUACGGUGGAAGCACAAUAAAAGUUGGAGAUGAUUAG